CGUAUUACAAUCGGAGACGGAAUAACCUUCCCAACACUGCUCUGGAUAGUCGUAGUAUUGAUUUUCAACUACUCAAGGUGUCACCUACCCCGGCAAAACGUUGGUGGCGGUUUGUUUAGGACACACCGUUGGCAUGGCACGAAGCUAUCGUUAUUCCAGUCACUUAACUCCAUAAGAAACUGAACUCAUCAGUAACCGAGGGAAAACCAGGAGGGUAACAAUUCCUCGGACUAUUUUUGCUGCUUUUCAAAUAUAAGCAAAGUUAAUUCAGGCAAACACCUUGAGUCACUACUCCUUGGCAAUAACACCGCGACACGCGUGACUCCUUUGAGUCGAAGACUUUCAACUUUUUGGUCACGAUUAUGUUGUUCUGGAGAAAUUACCAGUGAAAUGGCGGAAAUAGAAAAUGUUUUUGGUUUAGGGUAAAUUCAAUUAGGAUAUUUUUAACAGCCACCUUGGCGGCCUUAAAUCAGUGGUUAAAAGUGAUACGUGAUGUGAUGUUAAUUUGAGGAAGCAGUUUGGACGAGGUCCUUUUAGUGAGACGUGAUUUUGAUUUUUCAUACAAAUCAGUCAGUUUAUGUGUUGUCCUUCCGGGAGCUCAAAAGUGAAGUUUGAUGUCGAAGAGAUUUUUCGCAAAAUUUUGCCCAUUUCUGAUUAUGGUCAAUUUGUUCGCUUUGAAAUGAAUUCAACAGUAAAUAGGCCACUACAGUUACAACGACAAGGAUCUCGGCAACAACAGCACCAGCAACAGCAGCAACAAAAACAAAUACCCGCCCCACCUGCACCCUUGAAGCGUGGCGCCAGCUAUCAUCAGCAGAAUGCACUAACAGUCCCACAACGGGGUGGCGGUCACUACAGGAAAACUAGCGCAGAAAUCGUCAGCGAGGCUAAAACCAUGUUGGCCGGUGGAAAUGGUGGAGGAGCUCGUUUGGUCAGCACUCGACGGCCGAUAACACCCCGUGAACCACGUCGUCAACUCUAUGGAAAGUUAGCACCACCAGGACGUCCGCCGAGUGCAUUUAGUUUACGCUAUCUGCAGUUCGAGAGUCGGGCACUUCCAUCGUUGGAGCCAAUUCAGCAGCAACAACAGCGUCCACAACAAAUCGCCUUAGAGGAAAUCCCGACAGUUCCGCGGUCAGGCUCGGUGGGAACUCUCCUUGACUAUGUCGGUGCUACCACAAAUAACAAUUCUGCAGCCAGUUCCAACCAGAGCAUUGGAACUACCACCGCCGCCACGACCAAUAAUAAUGUACGACUGCAGGGUAAACUGCCAGCAUUGUUGUCGCCACCGAAAAUCACGGCAUCACUUGAUAAUUCAGUAUCCGAGGAAAUGCCACCACAUCAUCCGGAUCUUCAAGACUCCAUAGACAAUAAUCUCAGCCACGAAGACCAACCACAGCAGGAGCAGCAGCAGAAUCAGCACCAGCUAGAGGAUAACGUCACAUCCGAUAAAAUUGACAUAAACCAAAAUAUUGAAAAUGAAUCACAACCAUCGGCAGCCAUAAAGGACACUUCCACCGCAGCAACUACAUCCUCGUCCCAUACGUCUUCAUCGAGAGCUGGCAAUCUUCUCCGGACGCGUCAAACCAAAUCCUUCGAUGUGGCGCUAUCAUCCGCCAGCGGCGAUGGUAAUGUUCCAGCAACGAUCCCGUUAAAGGAUAAAAUUCCAAACAAAGUGGAUUUAGUUGGAAAUCAUCGUCGCAAGGAUAGUCCUGUUCGUAUUGGUGGUGCAGUGGGGGUAGGUGGAGUGAGUGCUCCUUUUGUGACCAGGACACGUCUCACCCGAAGCAAUGACCUCUUAGCACAAUCGACUACCGAAACGUUAUUGGAUUUGCUCAAAGCACAUGCUGGAAUAAAGGAAUGCAAUGAGGAAACUGUUCAGCAUAUUAAUGCCAUCCUGGUAGAACUCUAUACGAGGGUCAAGGGAGCUAAGGGCAAUUGGCGAGGGGCUAUCUUGGGUGGCUUAUAUGGCCUAGUGGAGUGUUCCUCACCGAAGAUACUUCUGGCGGUCGCUCGGGUAGUUUUAGCGCUUUGUGUCACGGGCAGCAACCUAACCGGAGCCUGUAAACUUGUCUUCAAAGUGGCUCGCAGCGAGACUAACGACCACCUAUUCGCGGAUAGUGACGUCCCAGAGUUACUCAUCGAAGGACUUGGUCGUGCCAGCCCAAUCGACGAGCCUGAAGCUUGCAUCUACGGCUACGGGGCUGUCCGUUUCCUUGCCAGCGCCAUACAACAACAACCCAACCCUACAGCAAACGUAAACGGGAAAUCCCCUAUCACUCAAGUGACUAAUAAACAGAAAUCAAUUGCUCAUCGUCUUGCCCGUCACGGGGCUGUUCAACUUAUGGUCCUUCAUCUACAAAUCCUUAAUGAAGUCGGUGCCGUGCAGAAACUUUCCGGGCCACCCUUACACGCUCUAUUUCAAUUAUCGGCUGCCCUACGAGCGCUGGCGGGAAUACCGCAAGUCAUAGUGAAUAGUGUAAAUCUCUCAAAGUCCUUGGUGACAAGUGUAAGUUUGCCCGAAGGAAACUUCCCCAUCAUUAAGGAGACGAAGGAAAAGCAGGACAUUAACUUGGAGCUGGCAUGUCCGCACUUGGUGAAGGCCGCUGAGAUAUGUUUGGGUGAACCCGAGGUGCAGGCGAAUAUAGUCAGGACAUUAAGUGUUAUGUCUGAGCACGAUAGCUGCUGCGAAGCGUUGUCUAUGUACGCGGCCAGAAUCGGGAUGUUAUUGGGUCCCAGCAAUAAUAUACCGAAUUGCGGAGUGGAGAAAUCGUUGGCAUUGCUCAGUCGGCUAGGAUACAUCCUCGGAAAUAUUAUGGCGAAAUUUGAUUCAGCAAGAGUUCAGUUUUACGCUAACGAUGUGGCUAUGGAAUACCUUCUGGAUUCGCUCAACACAUAUUCCAAGCAAAAAUUGACAAUAUCAAAUCAAAUGGGUGAUACCGUCUUGGAUGUCCUUGUUAAACUUGUCCGCGUUGUGGCCAACAUAAGUGUAAAUGCGGAAGUUGGACAUAGCCUUGGGUCGAGACCAAUCUUAGGAGAUGUGUUGCAUCAUCUUUUGAUUGUAACCAACGAAGAAAAGGAUGAUAACAUGACUCCCGAAAUGGAAGAACUACUUCAAGCUACACUUGGGGCCUUGCACAACCUCUGCUUCUACCAAGAGGAUGGCAAUGAAAACAGAGAGGAUGUAAGUGACGGUAGUAUGUGCGACUGUCUGUCAGCUCUAAGUAUUGCCCUCUGUGAGACCCUCAAUUCAGGGCCACAGUCCGUUCGCGCAGAAGUCGCUCGAGUCCUAGGAAAUAUGACCCGAAAUGAACUAGCUCGUGAGUCCUUCUGUUCAGCAGGAGGCUUGAAGGCUAUUGUCAAAUGCUUGGGCUCAGACGACUACGAAUUGGCAGCAACAUCCUCCGGAGUCCUAGUCAAUCUACUGGGCGAUUGGGAACGUCGAGCACCAUUCCGUGAGCUUAAGGGUCCCGUAUUGCUCCGUGACAUUCUGCAAAAAGCUGCUGUCCAAGAAGACUGGCUUCUGGCGGGGAUUGUGUGCCAGGCGUUUUGGAAUUUUCUCAUAGACAGCGGGAAUGUCAUAGGUGCAUUGGGAGAAGAUGAAGCCGAUUAUAUUGCUGGAAAUUUAGCGGAAUAUUUGGAUGAGAAGAGGAUUUUUAAGGAAGAUCCGCCUGAUAUGCUAUGGGAGCAGUUUGCUACUGUUGCGACCGAUUUAUUGGAAAGGAUCCAGGCGUCUAUGUCUUAUGGAAACACGCCGUGCUGUUCGUCAGAUGAUGAGAAUGAUAUUAUUGGAUUUAAUAACGUUGAUACUCCGGAGAUAAGCGAGAAAUGGAAAGGAGAGUUUAAAAGGUGGUUGGACAAUUAAAAGUUCAAUACUUAGAAUGUUAAAUUUUUGUUAAUAAUGUUUCGUAUUUAAACACUUUCAAAUAAAUGCAUGAUAAAUUAA